CACACCUCCAGGUAGUUUGGCCACCAGUUCCCUCAUUCAAUUGUUUGAUCACUUGUUCACACUGUUUUCUCACUUGCCUUUGUGUCUUGCCAGGCUCUAAGGACUCAGAAUUGGCAAGACAAAAACCACAGCCCUGACAGUUCAACUGCCCCUGUCCUGAGAAUCCCAUCCUUCCUGCCUCUUUCCAGCCAGCUCUCAGCAGAGGGCCCAGCACAAGCAAAUGUCCAGAGGUGGGGAAGACCAGAAUAGGUGGGAAGCUGCUAGAGAGGACCAAGUAGGCCUGGGGGCCCCGUGCCAAGUUUAAUGAGCAAGCCCUGGCAGCGGAAGCCAAGAGCUCGGGAAGCUCACGGAUCCAGCAGGGCUUAGGGCCAUACGUGGCAGGCAAGGGGAGCCAGGUGGGGCUGGGGAGGCCGUGUAAUGAUCCCAUUAAGUAAACCCAAUAUGUAGAAAACAGGUUUAACAAAUCUGGGCUUCUGCACCACUCCACCCCCACUUGGCAGUGUGUAAGGGGCUGCAGAAACCCCCCCAGGAACCACUUAAAAUGUGGGGGUGGGGGUGGUAGAGGAUGAAUGGUACCCAAAGCCUAGAAGUGGCACAAAUGAUGUGUUGUUCCUGGAUCAAUUCUCCCUCACACAACAGGGUAGAUGUUGAAGCCACCAACUCACAGAGCCAGUAUCUGCUUGCCACAUGUUUAGGGACAGUCUUCAGUGCUCAGUAUCAGGCUCUGGCACUGUGUCAUGGUCUCUUGCAUCUGCAAAAGUUGAGUACUAAGCUGGGCCAGGUUUCCAAGGAGUCCAGCCAGGAGGAAGCCAUGAGAGCCCAGGGUCUGGGUCUUCUGAUGGGAGGUGGCAAAUCUCCAGAGGCUGGAGCGUGAUACUGCAUGCUCAGAUGAACCAUUUCCACCCAGUAGCACUGUCCCAUCUGAACACCCACACAGACCUCAGACCUCUAAGCUGAGGCACACGUGCCCUGAAGAUACCCCUAGGCAGGCCCACUAGUACCCAGUAGGGACAGAAGAGGAGCAGAGUGGAUGAGUCCCACUCCUCCAUGCUCCUGGGAGCGCCAGACCUGCUCUGGGACAGCCAUUCCCUGGAAGAGUCUGGCCAACUCUGCAGGUCAAGUACACAUGUACACAUAAGCACAGGCACAUGCAAGUGUGCACACACAUAGGCAGCCACAUGCAGAAAUAUACAUGCACACACUAGCACACAUCUACAUGCACUUACACAUUCAUGCACACACAUGUCAACCCACACAAGCAGCACAAAGUACACAUACACGUGCACAUGAAGAGAAAUGCACAAAAGCUCAUCUGGCUCAGGCACACACGGUACACAAACAGGUGAGCAGAGACACACAGAGGUACGAACACACAGGUGCAUGUGUACACAGUUGUAUACACAAAGGUGUCAUGUCAUCGCUUUGCUUGGUUCCAGUAAAGGAUAGACACACACAACCAGUACAUGCGGCAGACAUGCAAGCCCACUCAAGUCCAUUGGAAUCAAGGAGGCCUGGAGAGGCCUUGCCCAGGUCAGAUUCAGCCCUGGGUAUAGGGCAAACACAAGGUCCACCUUUCCCUCUUGACUCCCUGCUAAGGAAGGGACCCUGGUCUGGAGUUACGCAGCCUUUCUCAAUCAUCUCCUGCUGUGUGACCUUCUCAGCCUCCACUUCCUCAUAAGUAAAAGGGGGCUGAUGAUGUAUGCAGCCAUCAGCAUAAUCUAGGUAAGAAGCAGUGCUGAGCCCAGUGCUGGGCAAAAGGCAGGUGCCCCAUGCAUGCCUCUCCUACUCCCUCUGGCAGCCCCAUCCCCCAUGGCCCCCACCCCCAGGAAUUGAGGCCCUAUCCUCCCCUUUCUGAGCCUGGAUCCUCUGGAACAUGUCUCCCUGCUCUGGAGCAGGGGCUGAACUAUCUCCAGGGUCUCUCCCAGAGGGUUUGGGGAAUGAUGCAGAGGGGGUGCAGAGUCAGCAGUUGAGGGAUUGGGGCCAUGCCAGCCUGAUUAGGAUGGCUGGGGGCUGAGCUGGAUUCACCUGUCCUUGUCUCUGAUUGGCUCUUUGGUACCAACAACCCACAAAUCCUACUAAACAGCCCCACCAGGGCCUGCACUUGUCUCUGGACAGUUGAUUGCCACUUCUGGGGCCAGAAGGGUGUCUGUGGAGGCCAGACCCUGGCUUGGGCCUGGCUCUGGGGAUCCCUUCCAUCCAGAAGAACCAGCUGACUACUCUGUUCCUUCACCUCCUGCCGGGGCCAUGGGGGCUGGGGCCAGUGCUGAAGAGAAGCACUCAAGGGAGCUGGAAAAGAAGCUGAAAGAAGAUGCUGAGAAGGAUGCUCGAACUGUGAAACUGCUGCUUUUGGGUGCUGGUGAGUCGGGGAAGAGCACCAUUGUCAAGCAGAUGAAGAUUAUCCACCAGGACGGGUACUCGCUGGAAGAGUGCCUCGAGUUCAUUGCCAUCAUCUAUGGCAACACACUACAGUCCAUCCUGGCCAUCGUUCGCGCCAUGACCACGCUCAACAUCCAGUAUGGAGAUUCUGCGCGCCAGGACGACGCCCGGAAACUGAUGCACAUGGCAGACACAAUCGAGGAGGGCACUAUGCCCAAGGAGAUGUCAGAUAUCAUCCAGCGGCUGUGGAAGGACUCGGGUAUCCAGGCCUGUUUCGAGCGCGCUUCAGAGUACCAGCUCAAUGACUCAGCCGGCUACUACCUUUCGGACCUGGAGCGCCUGGUAACCCCCGGCUACGUGCCCACUGAACAGGACGUGCUACGCUCACGUGUCAAGACCACGGGUAUCAUUGAGACGCAGUUCUCCUUCAAGGACCUCAACUUCCGGUCCAGGUCCUUACGGCCCCGCAGGAUGUUUGAUGUGGGUGGACAGCGCUCCGAGCGCAAGAAGUGGAUCCACUGCUUCGAAGGUGUGACGUGCAUCAUUUUCAUCGCGGCGCUGAGCGCCUACGACAUGGUGCUGGUGGAGGACGACGAAGUGAACCGCAUGCACGAGAGCUUGCACCUAUUCAACAGCAUCUGCAACCACCGCUACUUUGCCACCACGUCCAUCGUGCUCUUCCUCAACAAGAAGGACGUUUUCUUGGAGAAGAUAAAAAAGGCUCACCUCAGCAUCUGCUUUCCGGACUACAAUGGGUCUAACACUUAUGAGGACGCGGGCAACUACAUCAAGGUGCAGUUCCUCGAGCUCAACAUGCGACGCGACGUGAAGGAGAUCUAUUCCCACAUGACCUGCGCCACCGACACACAGAACGUCAAAUUUGUCUUCGACGCUGUCACCGACAUCAUCAUCAAGGAGAACCUCAAAGACUGCGGCCUCUUCUGAGGUGUCUGAGCUCAUGCACCCUUGAGAUCCUGUAGCCCUAGCUGCCUUGUAGCCCUGAUCCACAGGACCCUAUCAGAACCCAGGACUACUGGGCCCCAGGCUGUGGCCCCACCAGCCACAGAUCUAAAGCCCUGAGCCCUGCUAGCCUGAGGCCCUAACCCUCCCUCAUGGCUCCCAGGAUUCCCAUGUCUCUCAAAGCACAAUGCCCCCAACCCAGCACUGCCCUUCACGGCCUGGCUACUCUGGCCUCCAGGACCCACCACAGCCAGCCCCAGCUAGGAGCAAGCAGGACCUGGGGCAGCUAGAGCUCAUGGUGACUCAGCAGUACCCCAGUGACCAAUCUCCUCCUGUGCUUCUGCCGCAGGAGGCCCGUGACUCACCUGGUGGGUCUAGGUUCAGCAAACAGCCCUCCCUCCUAGAGCCUCAUGAAGGGCAGGGGGGCAGGCAGAGAGCCCUCCUCCAAGCAGGUCUGCUGCUUACCAUCAGCCCAUUCUAGCCUUUCCACCUCCAUGUGACCAGUCUGACACCCAUCUACCCAGUGACCAGUGACUGGCCCGCCCAGCAGCUUCAGGGAUCCAAAGUUCAAGCCAGUGCUGGCCUGUGCCGCCCAUACAUAGAUGAUUAGUGAGUAGGGGCAAGCCUGGGACCUCCUGAGUGCCAGGAAAAGACUCAAGCUGGACCCUUCCCCACAUACCCUAUUCCCUUCCCCCAUAGGUUCUGCUGCCUCCGUCCUUGGACACUGGAUUCAUGUCCUACCUCACCCACCCACCCACAGUACUCCAGGCCAGCCAGUCUGUUGAGGGAGGGUACUGUUGACACCAGCUAUGGCCAAUGGUCAAACUGUCCAGAGGGGUGGCUGGGAGCAGAGUCCGGCUCUCAUCGAUCAGCUCGGGCAAAGGAUUUGGGACAGGAAGGAGGUCCAGGUUGUGCUCAGAGGGGUCUGCCUCAGGUGGGGUCACGAGCAAACUCACGUGACCCUCUUAUCCCUGCCACCUGCUUCUUAUCCUUCCCUGGUAGGAAAAACUGAAGGCCAUGUCCAAACCAUCAGGAACAAAGGCCCAUGUCCCCACACCCCUGAUCCCUACUUCUCAUCAAAUGCCACAUCCUUGCUGAUGCCUGAGGGCCGGGGCCUGUGCUGCAGUCGAAGGCAAGGAACUUCCUUCUGGCAAGGCCAGGGCAUAAUUUGCACUCCCAUCAGCUAGAUGCACAGACUCAGCAAUAAACCUUUGCAUCAGG